AUGGGCAACAAAAAGUCGAAAGACCAGGAAGAUAAAGCAUUAUCGCCAUAUAGCAGCUGGGGCCACUCGCUGGACGAUUUGCUGUGCGGGGAUGGCAAAAUUUGUGAUGAUCGUUGGACGCCGAUCUCGCUGAGGUCAGGCGAAGGAUCGCCAAAUCUUCAGCGCCGAUCAACGAGUCACCAUACCGAAGGCCGACGACACAGCUACGCAUUCGAUGACCUAUCGCUUGAAGAUCGACCCCGAACAACCACUAGGGGACGUCGGCGAUCGGAGGUGACUACACGACGCACCAGUAGACGCAACGGAUCGGUGAUCACGGUACAACCACUACCCCACUCGGCCGGAAAUCUGCCGCGACGGGAAUGGGAGUACGGAUACGAUGAAGCCGAAUCCAUCAGGCCGAUCUCCGCUGAUGAGUUCGUGGCCCCGGUGCAUGUACCAGGACGACAUCCAACAUACGGCGGUGCAAAACGGAAGGCGACAAAAAAGCGCGCGAAGAAGCCGGUGAAAGGAGGCACGUUUAGGAAGAAGAAGGCUUCGAAAAAACGCGCCAAGCCCAGGGCAGAGGAAUGGAAUGAUCCGGUCCCAAGCUACAUCUCCGCACCCUCGGUUUCCACACAACCCAUCCAGAUUUUCAUCGAUACAGCGCGUGGAACGGUGAAAACGAAUCAGGCUCCGGGAGCUGUGGAAGUGGUUCGGGAUGGGGUGCGAGGUGGAUAUAUUGGUCAGCGCAGCUACAACGAUUUGCGACGUCACCGAACAGUACCGCUCGGGCAGCGCGGUCGUUCGCUUGAUCGAAAUGCGCAGGAGGCGCGAGCAAGAAAAGAAAUAUCGCCUGCCUUCCGUUCACCACCUCCUGGAGCCACAGAUUCAUCAAGCUCCGGCUCGACAGGCCGUCGCAUAGUUCCGCCAAAACGAUCCGGCGACGCGGCGCCACCAGCGCCCUUCCGUGUCCUACACGCCCCUGAUGAUCUUCUGGCCGUUCGCCGACUUCCCACUGCCGAUGUCUUUAAUCUCUCCGUAUCCAGA